GAGAGACUACUCACAGAAGGAGAGAGAGAGAGAGAGAGAGACUACUGACAGAAGGAGAGAGAGAGAGAGAGAGAGUCCGAGAAGAAGCUGAAACUUGACUGAAGACGCUCCUGAACAGGCCCGAUGCCGGAGCCGCGGAGCCCGCAGGGAGUCCCCUACACCGGCCUGCAGCACCUCGUCAACGCCGACGGACAGCACCUCUUCUGCCGCUACUGGGAGCCCGACGCACCGCCAAGGGCUCUGGUGUUAAUCGUCCACGGGGCCGGGGAGCACUGCGGGCCGUAUGAUGAGAUCGCACAGAAACUGAAGGAACUGUCCCUGCUGGUGUUUGCACACGACCACGUUGGCCAUGGUCAGAGUGAAGGAGACAGGUUGAACAUCAAAGACUUCCAGGUUUACAUCAGAGACUCCCUGCAGCACGUCGACCUGAUGAAGUCCCGCCACCCAGACCUGCCGGUCUUCAUCUUGGGUCACUCCAUGGGUGGUGCGAUCUCCAUCCUGGCGGCCUGUGAGAGGCCCGCUGACUUUGCUGGAGUGGUUCUGAUAGGUCCGAUGGUCCAGAUGAACCCAGACUCGGCCACACCGUUCAAGGUUUUCCUGGCGAAGGUCCUUAACCACAUGCUGCCGAGCCUCACUCUGGGCUCCAUCGAUUCCAAAUGGAUCUCACGGGACAAGAAGCAGGUGGAAAGGUAUGUGGCCGAUGAGCUGAACUUCCACGGCGGCAUUCGGGUAUCGUUCGCCAUGCAGCUGAUGGGGGCGGCGGCGCGCAUCGAGAGGGAGAUCCCGUCCAUCAGCUGGCCCUUCCUGCUGCUGCACGGCGACGACGACAAGCUCUGCGACAUCAGCGGCUCCAAGAUGAUGUACGAGAGCGCUCCGAGCUCAGACAAGAAAAUCAAGGUCUUCGAGGGAGCCUACCACUGCCUUCACCACGAGCUCCCAGAGGUGGCCGAGACCACGCUGAAGGAGGUGACCAGCUGGAUCACAGAGCGCCUCCCCGCUACGACAUCGCCACAACAGCAAGACUCCUAGAAUCGUGACUUUGACAAACCGGUCAGCGCUCCAAGGGAACUGCCAACCUCGUCCCAAGAGGCCUGCUCACUUUACCAGUCAGGCAAACUACUCCCCUCUCUACUACUCCCUCUCUGGUCUGGGUUAUACAUUUGGGCAUAUAGACUUUAUUUUCUCCGUGUAAAAAAGCGUACUGACUCUAUCCUCUGGGCACAAACUGUACAAAACUAAAUAUAUUAACCUCAAACCAGGAUACACUGAUUUAAAUUGGAUGAUGGGGUCAGAAAACCACUUCUUAUUGUAGGUCAGUUUGCCUGAAAAGCAUCUGAUCAUCUAUUUAAGUCAGCAGGCUUAUUUAACAACCAUGUGAUCACGUCCAUUUGAUCUGACUGGGGUGAAGCUGAAGUUAAGUAAAGUUAAAGCUUCAGUAUGCUGGGGUUCAAAGCGAGAUAAUGAAGUUUCCUCCACGUUUAUACACACAAGUGAGAUCUUUUUAAGAAGUAAUGACAAACCAGAUGUAGUCAAUUAAUAAUCCGCACAGGCACAUUCCUUCUUUGCUCAUCCACCCUGAUCAGAAAGGUCAGAGGUCAGGAUCAGCAGGAAGACAGCAGUCUCUGAGCUGCUGUAGGUUCAAUGAGGGGUGAAUGCUCAAUAGAUUAUUCCUCCCAAAGCUUUACUGUCUUCACAGUGUCAGCAGUGUAUGAGUAACACACAACAUCAUGGGAUACAAUACAGAUUUGAGUGGGACAGUUUUGUAAGCCUCUUUUGACACUUAUAAAGUAACUUUAAACGUAUACUGUAAGCACAUGUGACCUGUGUGUGUGUAUAUAUAACAAAUCCUCUCUUCUCCUGACUUCCGCAUGUCCCUUUUCUUUGGCCUGACAGAUGCUUGGCACUGAAAUAUUACUUUACUUCCCACCACCUCCAUUUAUUGAACGAGCUACCAACGGACACAAUGACCUUCCAUUUAAAGAACUAUAGUUCUUCCAGUGAGCCUUAAUAGUGCAUGGACAUGAGGGGGAUGUAGUUUAACAAGGUGAUGCUGCUCUCUCUCUUUCUCUGCAGGUGGGAAUUAGAGGGAGAGUGCAAAGUUCAAAGGGCACCCCAUCUUUGACCUUUGACCUUUAAGGUCACAGUUGAUUUCAAUGUUAGGGUCAUUUGGGCUGUAGGUUUCCUCUAAAUCCCAUCUACAGUUCGAGUGGCUGAAGCAGUGGUCCGUCUUAUAUUUCCCCUUCUAUUUUCUAUGUUCCCAAAGUACAAACCUGUCUCUUCUCAACGAGUUGCAGUGCUUAAAGUCAGCCCUGGCUUCAAAUAGGUUUUCAACAAAACCAUAGCAAUAAUGUCACAGUAGCCUAUAUCUUUGGUAGCCGUUAAUUAUAAGCUAGACAGACACACACUGAGCUCACCAUUUUAUAUUGUCAGGUAGACUGUAAUUAGCAGGCAUCGCUAUGCUUGCAAAUAUUUCCACCUAAUCAUCACGCAUGAGAAAGUUUCAGCAGCACGAGUCAAGAGUUUUAAAGUUGCACAUGUUCAUCCAACCCCAUCAUCAACCAUGGGAAGGGAUCAAACAUUCUGUGGCAGAUCAAACAUGCAACAAGUGUCUUUGUUUGUUGACUUCAGACAUCAUGCAUGUGCUAUUGAAAAAAAUCUAGUCUCGACCGUGUCACCCUGGAGUUCAAAGGAACACAAGGAGAGAGUGUGGGGUAACAUGUUGUGGUAUCCACGGUGACCGUUACUCACAUGUAACAACGGCAGCAGGCCGGCGGUAAGGUUUAUUGACCAUUUUACAUAUGUAGUAACCACGGUGAUCACUACAAGGCUGAUAGAAUGAGAUGAUUUUUUGGCUUCAUGCCUGCUCUGCCUAUUUAUCUUUUUAAUUUUCUAUUUUCUCACUCUGUCUCCCCUUUUUAAGUUGCUGUGGUGACCGGCGCUCUUUGUUCUGUCCAUCACAGAGCCCCUUGUUCUACUGCUAAUUCACUCAUCUUGCUCUGUCAUCCACCCACACUGUCCCUAGUGGUCAAUCUUUUGGCCGGAGAACGUUUAACAGUGAACACAUUACUUAAUCUGCCACUGACUCUGUCAGCUUGGAUUUUGUAUUUUCUCCCACAGUACGAACACAGAGUUCAAAGGGACUCAUGUAGAGAGUGGGGGGGGGGGGGCGUGUCCUUAUGUGCCAGCCCUGCGAUAGCAUGGUGACCUGUCCAGGGUGUACCAUGCCUUCACCCAAUGUCAGCAGAGUAUUGCGACCCUGAAUAGGAAAAGCGGUUCGGAUGGAUGUAUCUGAUGUUGCAAACAUUUUGCAAACCAAACGAGAGAUUAAUCAAUUCAGAUCUGCACGAAAAAAUGAACACAUGGCAAAGCAAAGUGUUUGACAGAGUGGAUAAAAUGUAAUUCAUAGGAUACUCUAAAAAGAAAGAGAGGAAUUAAGUAAACAAAUAGAAGGGAGUUUGGUCUGAGUGCAUCAGACCAAAUAUCAGGUUACAUUGCCUCCGGUGCAGACAUAGAUUGAGAUGUAAUGUAUUCAUCGGUCCCAGUGGGAGUCAGACCGUUAACCUCAACCUCAUAUCGCAUCACUUCAAACACAAUCUACUCCUGAUUGAGCUGCAGCAAGCACAGCACACACAAAGGCUGCACAGUCCCAGUUGUAUUCAUGGUGGUAAUAGCACCCCCACUGACACCGUGGAGUCAGACUGUUCAGUAAAUUUAAAACGCUCUACCUGUCAGACUGCACGAGUGCAUAUUACUGCUAUCGUUAGCUCUGGGGGCGGAGAGGGAUGGAGAUGGAGUGAGAGGAGCAGAGAGAGAAGCUGUCAGUAACCAUGGCAGCAUCCCCUCAACUCCCCCUCCUCCCCCCAACACACACACACACACGCUGAAAUCACCAGUGAAAAAUGUGUAUUUGUUAAUGGUGCGGGAUGAGAAGCAGACGUAGCUGCGCUUUCAGAGCUGGUUGUCCAUUUUGCUGCUCGGAGGAUUCCCUUUUGUGUGAGCGUGGAGAUAAGAGAAACGAUUACAGUCAUCAGCUCGCAGUGAAUAACAGGAGCUUCACACACUCAUUCAAUUCAAAUCAGGCUGCUCCGCUGUUUGUACUGAAAACACGCCCUUUGCAUUUUUGCAAAAAAUGUUUUUGGGGAAUAUUGAGGCCAAAAUGUUUCCUCCUUUUCUAAGGAGUUUGUGUAUUUUUGCCCCCAUCUAUCCCCAGUCUUGAUUAAAAAGUGGUAGGCGAAACACUAUAAAUGAAAUUAAAGAGGAAUCCACCACUUUUUCACUUUUCAAUUUAUUCCUAUUCAUUCCUUAAAGGUGUGUAAUCCCUGACACAACCCUCACAUGUGCAAAGGCUUGUACUGUAAGCCUCCCCAGUCCAUGCCAGUAUCCUUUUCUACUGGUGUGUGGACUUGUACAAGCAUGAAUUGUGUGCAGGUUUGCCAUACUGAGAGAUAGCCAUGUACAGAUGCAUUGCUCUGUUAAUAUGUAAUAAUCCAAUCGACUGUUAAUAUCCUUUUUAUUAAGUAAGAGGGAGAACAUCACGCAGGCAGGACACCUCUGAAUCUAAUUUGGCAGCAGCUUUUCUGACAAAUCCAAAUUCAGUUGGCUUUCAGGUUUGUGAAUGGGGUCUGUGUUUUUUUUUAAUCUCGACUUUAUGACUGUUUCUAAGAAAAGAGAUGUUAUAUAUGAUGGAGGGGCACAGGCCACCUUUCUCCAAUUUUAUGAGAUUAAAGUGUACUGGAAAGAUUCAGUGCAGAGUUUGCUUGAAUGAAGUCUAGCAUCAAUGCUCAAGUGGACAGCAAGAAUUGAAGAGGUCUUCUCCAAAAUGCUCUAAAGGCAUGACCACGUACAUAUUAUCCAAGUUGUGGUCAUAAUUUCCUCCUGUGAAAACAUAAAUUACAUACUAGCCCUCGAUCUUUCAUUGAAAAUGCAGAUACCAUUUUAAAAUGGUUUGCAAUUCAAAAAUUGCAUUUUGGAACAAAAAACCUCAUUCAAAUCUUGCUGAUUUUUAUCAACAGCUGAUUGAUUUGAUUCAAUUCUAGUGGUCGGGCUGCUUGAUUACUGAACAUAAUUGUAAUACACUGUACAAUAGAAUAGUAUCGCUAACAACACUAGAUGGAAGUAAAGAAAAAUCGAGAACCCGAUGUAUUUGAAAAAUUCUCUAUUUAUCUUGUCUAGAGUAUUUAUAGUAAUUCAUUUUAUGUAAAGGCUACUAUAUAUUGAUUACGCAUCAUGAAAAGGCACUUUUUAUACCACACACCAGUCAUAUUCUGUCAUUUCUACUGUUGAUGCUCAGUUACAUCAAGGUCCAUAAUACUUUUUGGGAUGGAAACUGGUUCAAGGUUGUAUGUAUGUACAGUCAGGAAUCCCAAAAAUGUAUGACAAUGUUUCUGAUAUGAUUUUGCAUAGAGAGUAUUUUACUACUGUGUGUUGAAGUCAGCGUUGAAGUCUUUGUGCUGUUUGUCACUCAACUAUAAAUGUUAAAACCGUCUGAUAUCAAAAUGUUUUGUAACAACAUCUUAACAACAGGGUGUAAUUGCUACAGGUUUGGGGAAAUCUUUUACUUCUUUCCCAAAUUAGCUUUUUAGGAACUUGGCUUUCUCUUUAAUCCUAAGGUAUCUCCUUUAAAAAAACAAAAAAACUUAAAAAUCAAAUGUAAAUGAGUGAGAUAAUUUCUCUGCAUUCAUGACAUCUUGUGUUCUUAGAUCAAAGAUAAUUUGGUCUAAAUAUGUUUGAGGACUAAAUUGCAUGUAUCAGGUUUCCUUCCAACAGCAGCAUGUUUCAGCAUCCCACACAAUUAAAAGAUUUUUAUGGAAACACGUAUUCUACGUCUAUUUUUGGAUUGUGGUUGUGGUCUAGUGUUGUUUGUGCCUUAUUACAAUGACGAUGUGUGUGUUUUGAUAAAGAUAACCUGUACAGAGCUGCGUUCGGCAGAGGAGUGUCUCUGUUACUCUGGUUGUCACAUCUGUUUCUGUUUGAGUAAAUGUGUCUGUCUGCUCAUCUUCCUCCCGUCUCUCUCUGUCUGAAUUUCUGUCCAAUCAUUUGAGUAUAAGCUGAGAUACUCAUAAAUACCUCCCAGCUGUUUUAAACACCUGUUCUGUUUUAGUCAGCCUCAAGACAUCCACACGGUGAAGAAAACACAAUGCUUUACCUUACAGAUGAGGCUUUUGACCUCCAUGGGUUGCUAUAACGAUGAAUGUGUAACAUUGUCAACUUAUCCACUUUUCCCCCAUUGGUUUCCCACUGAAAAUAUAAAGUUCUGUCCAUUACUUGAUAAUAACACUACAACGUUAAAUUCGCUGUACACUUAAAGCACUAAAAUAGUCACAGUUGGAAUAUGUAUCUUUUUAAUUGUCUGCGAGGAGGCUGCAGAGGGAAACGAAGAUUAAAAAAACUAAAUUAAGACAAUGAAGUGUGAAUUGUUGUCAGG